CACGGCGCUCAACGUACACGCGCUGUGCACGCUGUACCAGCAUCAUGACGAGGAGAUGGGGGCGGUGAUAUUCUGGCAGUACACGGCGUCACUAGUGACGGUGCCAAUGUUUCUGGCGCUGUUCCUGCACAUCUGUCAGGUGUACUUCUGA